AUGCAUUCUGGAUCAUUUAUAGCAAACACUCCAAUUUCUGAAUUGGAUGACUUUCGUAAGGAAGUACGCGGCAAAAUAAACAGCAAAUUUGAUUAACCUAAACAAAUACUGUACUAAGCAAAAAAAUCAAAUCUGGAAUAACUCUAAUAAAUCUUGAGAUCAAGCAUAUCUCCCAAAUCACCUAAAAAUAAUGCACUUCAUUAAUCUUAGAACCCAUCUCCUCAAAUACGUAAAUCCCCAGGGAGAUUAUCAUUUCAAAGAUCCAGUCUUGACUUGAGUAAACCUACAUAAAAUAUUUUAUAUCCCAAAAAACAAUUGCAAGAUAUAUUACCACUGAAUAAGAUCAUAGAAUUGCAGAGAGCCAUCAAAAAUUACAACCAUCCUACUAAUAGUAGGUAAAUGCUUUUAUUUUAUAUUAGUUAUUUCCUUGAGCUCAAAAAACUUGCUAAAGUGGUCUUACGAGAAACUCAAGGAUGA